AUGGAGGGAACCAGACAAACCAGGAUUUGUCGUCCACACAAGAUAAGUGAAUCCUCAAAGGUGUACAGGUGGGAUGACCACUCCAAUCUAGUUCUUCAGAGCCUGAAUGAGCAGAGGCACCGAGGCCUCUUCUGUGACAUUGUCCUCGUGGUGGAUGAACAGAGAGUCCCUGCCCAUCGGAACCUCCUCGCUGUUUGCAGUGACUACUUCAACUCUAUGUUCACCAUUGGUAUGCGAGAAGCCCACCAAAAAGAGGUUGAACUUUUUGGAGCCUCGUAUAUUGGUCUCAAGGCUGUGGUGGAUUUCCUUUAUGGCAGUGAGCUGUCUUUAGAUGGAGGCAAUAUCGACUAUGUGCUCGAAACAGCUCACCUGCUGCAGAUCUGGAAGGUGGUCGACUUCUGUUGCGAGUAUCUGGAGAAUGAAGUCAGUGAGGAGAACUAUUUGUACCUGCAAGAGCUAGCCUCCAUUUACAACCUGAAGCGCCUUGACUCCUACAUUGAUUCUUUCAUCUUGCAGAACUUCGGCACGCUGUCUUUCACCCCAGACUUCCUGCAGAACAUUUCCUUGCAGAAGUUGUGCCAAUACCUGGACAGCAGCAACGUGCAGCAGGAGUGUGAGCACGACUUGCUGCAGGCUGCCUUGCAGUGGCUUACCCAGUACCCGGAAAGGGAGAAUGAGGCUUACCAGGUUCUGGAUAACAUUCAUUUUCCCUUGAUACCUAAAAGUGAUCUCCUCCAUCGAGUCAAGCCUGCUGUCUGCUCUCUUCUUCCCAAAGAAGCAAACUGUGAGGGGUUUAUAGAGGAGGCAGUGAACUAUCAUAAUAACGUCACGGCUCAGCCAGUGCUGCAGAACAAACGGACAGCCCUGCGGACCUGCGAGGAAAGGCUCCUCUUUGUGGGUGGGGAGGUUUCCGAACGGUGCCUGGAACUGAGUGAUGAUACCUGCUUCUUGGACAUCAGGAAGGGGCAGUGGGUAGCAGAAACCCCUCUCCCAGCCAGACGAAGUCACCACUGUGUUGCAGUCUUGGGAGGCUUCAUCUUCAUAGCCGGAGGCAGCUUUUCAAGAGACAAUGGAGGGGAUGCAGCUUCAAAUCUCCUAUAUAGGUAUGAUCCCCGCUGUAACCAGUGGAUAAAGGUUGCCUCCAUGAGACAACGCCGUGUAGAUUUCUACCUGGGAGCUAUUACCGACAUGCUGGUAGCUGUUGGUGGCAGGAAUGAAAAUGGGGCACUUUCUUCAGUUGAGACCUACAGUCCUCAGAAGGAUUCGUGGUCCUAUAUAGCAGGCUUGCCCAGGUUUACCUACGGCCAUGCUGGAACAGUCUACAAGGAAUUUGUGUACAUUUCAGGAGGUCAUGAUUACCAAAUUGGCCCCUAUAGAAAAAACCUGCUGUGUUACGAUUACCGCACAGAUGUUUGGGAGGAGAAGAGGCCAAUGAUCACUGCCCGAGGGUGGCACAGCAUGUGCACCUUACAGGACAAUAUCUACUCCAUUGGUGGCAGCGAUGACAACAUAGAAACCAUGGCUCGUUUUGACAUUUUGAGCGUGGAGUCGUACAGCCCUCAAUGUAACCAGUGGACCAGAGUUGCUCCUCUGUUGCAAGCAAACAGUGAGUCAGGGGUGGCAGUUUGGGAAGGCAAGAUUUAUAUUCUUGGUGGCUACAGCUGGGAAGAAACAGUCUUUUCCAAAACAGUCCAGGUUUAUGAUAAGGAGAAAAAUAAGUGGUACAAAGGAACUGACUUACCCAAAGCAAUUGCUGGUGUGUCUGCAUGUGUCUGUGCAUUGAAACCCAAAACAGAGGACAAAAAGAAAAAGACGAAAACAAAAAAACAUCAAGAUCGAGGAAGAUGACUACUUCUGGAUAACCACCCUUUGAUGGUGGACUCCAAAAGGACCUUGUAUUUAAUCAUUUCUAUCUAACCUAGAUUCUUUUUUUUUCUUUUUAAAUGGGGGGGGGAAGGCAUCUUCUGAAGCCUCAGAAAAUGUACAGUUGAAUGUGGUUUUUGGAUUAAGCUCAUGUUUAUGGU